AUGUGGCCACAGCAGGUGCAAGAAGGAGGAGUUUACAGCAUCGACAUAGGUGACAAAACCUGGCAAAGAGGAAUCAGAACAAAGGACCUCGGCGAGAAUGGAGUCUUUGUUUUUCUUAGAGAUUGGGGAACGGUAGUACAUCGACAGAAAAACCACAUCUAUGUAUUGGAAGAUAAGUUCCGCGAACUACCUUGGCAAGCCAUCCCGUGCGGAUUAGCUUUUACUGCUCCAGAUAAUUUUGCGCCUUACUGGUCAAAAAGGGCUAACGUUAUGAUGCGACUCACUUGCGAAGGAAAAGGGGGGUUGAUGCGAGUCAGAGGCAUUGCCGGCAACCGCCACAAAGAAGCUUAUGUCGAUCUUAAGAUACAAAUGGAAAACGGCGGUGACGCUGUGUACAUACGCUCACUGCUUAAGAGUCUCGGUUACACGCGCGACGUUCCAAAAGUGAAAACUGAGACGCAACCGUUUAUCGCUGGCAUGUCUCAGUAA